UCACGUGGUCUGAUUACAAGCCAAUCAGCGGGCAGUAUUCUGCAGCUGUUUAACUGCAAUGGCGGACACAAUGAAGCUUAGUGGAAAUCACCCUCCUCCUCGUGAAUCCAGCAACAUGUCCAGCAGCUACAGGGACUGCAUGUGUGCGAUACUGAAGCUCUUUUCAGACUUCGGGAGAGAGCUCAAAUUGAGUGAUGCUGCUCUGAGAAUAGAAGUCAACAUCGAUGCUGUGGAUCUCCCGUCAUCUCCAGAUGCUCACGUGCACAGCUGUUUGCAGGAGCAUAUCACUAAAUUACAGGCUGUUUCAGAAAGCUUAAAGACGCUAGUGGAUGCUCAGGGCGAUACAUCAUCUACAAAAGACGUCACAACAGACGAUGCCGUCACCUCGUCGUCACUCAGAGAGCAGAUGACGGAUCUGUCUGAGUUUUAUCCUCAGAGCGCCGACGACGAAGACAGCAAGACGGCAGAGGAUGACGUCAUGGUUCAGAUCCGAGCCAAGAAGUCAGAGAUUGAGCGAAGAAUAUCUGCAUUUAUGGAACGCAAGCAGAUGGAGAUCAAUGAAAACAAUGUACGCGAGUUUUGCAACGUGAUCGACUGCAAUCAGGUAGAAAACAGCUGUGCCAGGACAGAUGCAGUUUUCACUCCUUAUCCAGGUUUCAAAAGCCACGUGAAAGUUACCCGGGUGGUGAACACUUACGGGCCCCAGACUCGCAGUGGGGGGGGCCAGGGAGAGGCAGGGGAUCCGCAGAGGGGCCCGAUGUUGAGAGACUGUGGAAACGCAGCCAUAGAAGAGCGACUUCAGAACAUCGAGACUCACCUGAGACUCCCCACAGCGGGCCCUGUUCCUCUGAGUGUGUACCAGAGGCUGAAGAAGCUGGAGGAUCGGAUCCUGGAGCUGGAGGGACUCUCCCCGGAGUACUUUCAGUCCACGAGUCACCUACACAAGCGACCAAAGACGUCCCCUGCUCAGGCCUGCAGUCUGACGGAGCUGGAUGAGAAGAUCAGUGCCGUGAAAGCAGCGCUAUUGAAGAGGGUGAAUGAAUUUGGGCCUGGAUAUGAAGAAGAGUCACUGUAACACCUCUGUCCAAAUACACUGUCUUUACGUCUAAAACUUCUGUGUUUCUCACCAUCAAAAGCUUUUCUUAUGAGCUUAAUUUGACUGUAUUUCUAUAAAUAGUUUUGUAGUUAACUGACAUAAUUGUCCUGUAAUGAAAUAUAUUUUCCCUUCAUGAAUGUUUCGACUCAUGAGUUUUACAUGUAAACUAUUAACUGGGAUGCAUGUGCAAUCGGAAUCUUAAUGUUGUCCAUAGUUUCUACAAAUAAACUUGCCUUGCCUAAAAUAAACUG